AUUUUCUCCCCUCUUCUUUACCUAGCUCGAUCAAGCUCCAUCCAUGGGCGAGGUCCGGCCCGAGAUUGUCAAGCCGCGCACUGACAAGCGGGAGUACAGGAAUGUGGUGCUCCGGAAUGAGCUGCGCGUGCUCCUUGUCAGCGAUCCCGAAACGGAUAAGGCCGCGGCAGCGAUGGAUGUCAAUGUUGGAUCGUUUUGCGAUCCCGAGGAGCUUGCAGGGCUUGCGCAUUUCCUGGAGCAUAUGCUAUUCUUUUCCAGCGAGAAAUAUCCCUUGGAAGACGAUUACUCCAAGUUUUUGAACGAGCAUGGAGGUCACUCAAAUGCUUUCACGAGCUCCGAGGACACAAACUUCCACUUUGACGUGAACGCCGAGCACUUAAGCCAGGCUCUUGACAGGUUUGCGCAGUUUUUUAUCUGCCCUUUGAUGUCGCAAGAUGCUACGUCAAGAGAAAUCAAUGCUGUGAAUUCAGAGCAUAACAAAAACCUUACCACCGAUAGAUGGCGAUUUGAUCAGGUUGCGAGACAUGUGAGUUCUAAAGACCAUCCUUACCACAAAUUUGGAACUGGUAGUUUGGAGACUUUGGAUGUUUCUCCGAAAUCUAAAGGCAUUGAUACGAGAGAGGAGCUGAUAAAGUUCCACAAAUUUCACUACUCGGCAAAUCUUAUGUGCCUUUGUGUGUAUGGAAGAGAAACCUUGGACGAGCUUGAAAAAAUUGUAAGCGAGACGUUUCAAGACAUAAAAAAUACCGGCAAAAUGGCUCCAUCUUUUCCUGGUCUACCAUUUCUUCCGGAGCAUAAACAAAUCAUUAUCAAAGGAGUUCCCAUCAAGCAGCGACAUAAUCUGGAGUUAACUUGGUUAAUUCUACCUGAAUUAAAGAAUUACAAAGCUGGACCCUGUCGAUACAUUAGCCACGUUCUGGGACAUGAGGCAGACGGUUCUUUGUUUGCACUUCUCAAAAGUCUUGGCUGGGCGAGCAGUCUUUCUGCCGGAGAAAAUGAAAGGAGUUCGGAUUAUUCUCUUUUUUCUAUUUAUAUCGAACUCACCGAUGCAGGCCAAGAACAUAUGGAGGACAUAGUGGGGUUCACUUUUCAGCAUAUUAGCCUGCUAGGACGCAAAGGAGUCACAGAAGCACUUUUUGACGAGAUACGAACAGUCUGUGAGAUGAAGUUCCAUUAUCAAGAUAAGUACCAACCAAUGCAUUAUGUUACACGUCUGGUCGGGAGUAUGCAGCUUUAUCCGGUUGAAGAUUGGCUUGCAGGUUCCUCCUUGCCAAGAACUUUUGACCCUGAUGCUAUUAAACAGGAGAUUGAGUUUUUAACUCCAGAAAACGUCAGGAUCAUCUGGUCCUCCAAGCAGUUUGAAGGGAUGACCAACGAAACAGAACCUUGGUAUGGUACAUCCUACACUGCAAAGAGAGUUUCUGAAUCUCUUCUCGAGAGCUGGAAAAACGCUCCGUUGGAUCCAAGGCUACAUUUGCCAGAUCCUAAUCCUUUCAUUCCUACAGACUUCAGCUUGAAGGAAGCAAAUCUGAAGAUGCAAUAUCCUUAUGUUUUGAGAAAUUCAUCAUUGUCGAAGUUGUGGUAUAAGCCUGAUACCAAGUUUCAAACGCCGAAAGCUUGUGUUAUGAUUCAUUUGCAUUGUCCAGAAUGCAAAUAUUCUCCUGAAUCAUCUGUUCUAUCGACAAUUUUUACAAAACUACUUCUAGAUUAUCUGAACGAAUAUGCUUAUUUUGCAGAAAUUGCUGGCCUGCAGUAUUCUAUUCAACGCACCUCUCAUGGUUUUUUGUUAUUCAUCACUGGUUACAAUCAUAAACUGUACAGUCUUUUGGAACGUAUUGUAGACAAGGCGGUCAACUUUCAGGUGAAAGAGGAUCGGUUUCUUGUUAUAAAGGAAAAGCUCAUGAAAGAUUACGUUAACUACAAGUUUCAACAGCCAUACCAACAGGCUAUGUAUUACUGUUCGUUGAUGAUGGAACAAAACCGGUGGCACAUAAAAGACUAUCUCGAAACUCUUCCUUCUCUCAACGCAAGCGAUUUGCAAGCCUUUUUCCCCAAAUUAUUCUCUCGAAUAUAUGCUGAUUGCUAUGCUGCAGGUAACAUGACAACAAAAGAGGCAGAGGCUUUGGCCGAACUUAUUGAGAACAGGUUUACCAGUUCUCCAUCUACGAAAACGAAGCCAUUGCUGUCGUCACAAGCAACCGAAGACCGAAUCACAAAACUAGACAACUCGGAAAUGUUUUACCCAAUAUCUGGUUUGAAUCCCGACAAUGAAAACUCAGCUCUCCAUGUAUACCUCCAGGUGGGACAAGACGAGACAGUGAUGAACAUUCUCGUGGAGCUAUUUGUUCUCAGUGCCAAACAACCUGCGUUCCAUCAGCUUAGAUCUGUGGAGCAGCUCGGCUAUAUUACUGCCUUAGUAACUAGGAACGAUUGUGGUGUCCAAGGUGUGCAGUUUAUCGUUCAGUCCACCGUAAAGGAUCCCAAUGGUGUCGAGGAAAGAGUCGAGGACUUUUUAAAAUCAUUUGAGACGACACUAACAAACAUGAGUGACGAGGAAUUUCAGAGAAAUGUGGAGGCACUCGUCGAAAUCAAGCUCGAGAAACACAAAAACAUUUACGAGGAGACAAACUUCUUCUGGAUGGAGAUUGACAAUGGCGCAUGCAAGUUUGACAGGCAGCAAGUCGAGGUUGCUGCUCUACGGGCUCUCACCAAAGAUGAGCUACUAGAGUUUUACAUCAAUCACAUAAAAUCUGGCGCGCCCAUGAGGAGAAAGCUCAGCGUCCAGAUCUAUGGCAAGCUCCACAUGCAGGAGCUGGAACUCCUGGAAGAUGGCAAGAACAGGAUUAAGGAUCUGUUUAGUUUCAAACGAUCGCAAGGACUAUAUAGCUCAUUGAGGUGAAUAGGAUCUUACUAUUGUUACUGAAAAACCCGUAAAAAAUUGCUUCUGGAGCAUAAACAAGUGAGUAGUUUGCUAA